CGUUUUUUUGGUGAAAUGAUCAAAUGGAAAUCACUGAAUUUAGUAUGUGUAGAUUACAUAGAAGGCGAUCAGUUAUCAAAAGGGAUGGCAAUAUUUAGCCUUCUACCUACAAUUAUACUUUCAGGACUAAUGGCUUUGAUCUUAUUAAGACGUGAUCUUCAUACUGCAAUAUUUUUUAUUGGCAAUUUUUUAAAUUGUUAUAUUAGUUUUUUCUUGAAAAAGUAUUUUAAAUCCCCUAGACCAUUUAGAGAUAGUCAAAACAUGAUGACGUUUGGUAUGCCUUCUAGUCACUCUCAGUUUGCUUGGUUCUUUAGUAUAUACAUGAUAUUAUUUAUAUAUAUAAGAAUAAGUUUUAAUAAUCAAAAUUCCCCUCAAACCAAUCCUUUGAAAAUUCAAAUAAUUAGGCUUUUAAUCUCUACCUUUUUGGUUGUAUUAGCUUUACUAAUAUCCUAUAGUCGCAUAUACCUUUUGUAUCACACACCAAAUCAAGUAUUAGUUGGUGGAAUAUUGGGAUUUUUUUUAGGUUUAUCAUGGUUCAUUUUGGUGCAAUAUAUCUUGACUCCAUAUUUUUCAUACGUUUGUUCAUGGCCUAUUUGCGAAAUGUUACUGAUACGGGAUUACACGCUUAUACCAAACAUAAUAUUCUUUGAGUAUCAAGCUGCCCGUUGUGAAUCAAAUAGUCGUCAAAGAAAAAUUAUCAAAAUCAAAUCACAAUGAAGUGCAUCAAAUCUGACUACAAAAUAAAUUCACAUCACAACUAUUUUUUGUUGUCAUAAAGAAAAAGCUUUAAAAAAUUAAAAGAAACAUGACAUUUUUAUUUAUAAAUUUAGCCAAUGAGUAACUUUUUUGUGUGUAUAUAAUUUUAUGUGAUAUAUAAAAUAUUUAUUCUAGAUAAAAAAAAUUUAACAAGUGAAAUAUUUAUG